AUGUCAUUUACUUGUGAUACACUAAACUAUCAGAGACCUUCUGAUGAUAUAUACGAUUCCGCAAUCUUAAAUGCCCAAAUUGUAGAAAUUAAAACCCUCCUAUCUCGAAUCAAUCAAGAUGCCUUAGCAAAACGCGCAUCACUUUUACGAAACCUCUCUUGCAUGAUCAUUCCCGCGGAUUUAAAUAAUCUCUCCACCAUGAUGGGAGAUGUAAAUCUCCAUCUUGAACUUCAAUUCAGCGAUAACGUGCGCUGGAUUGCUCGAAUCAAACGCCAAAAUGUAACGACGCCAUUGAAGUCGGUACAGAACCUCGUUAUCGAAAGCGAAGUUGCUACAUAUCGUUUCUUACAAAAUACUCAAGUGCCUGCUCCGCUUGUAUUUGAUUUCUGCGCCAACUCGGAUAAUGCAGUCGGUGUGCCAUAUAUCCUGAUGGAGAAGGUUCCCGGACGGCCUUUUUCGAAGUGUGUGCCGACUGUUGAGCAGAGAUAUAGGGUUAUGAAACAAAUUGCCUUCAUUUAUAAGGAGCUUUAUCGCUAUCCUUUCGAGAUUAUGGGUUCGUUACAUCUUCAAGAUUCCGAGCCUAGGUAUUUCGUUGGUUCGCUUGCUUCAGAACUCCUGUCCGAUUCGGAUUCUUCUGAUAAUAUUGAAAGUCUCAAAACCCUUGGUCCUUUUCAAGAUUCAGCUCAUUAUUACGAGGAAAUCAUCGCACGAAUCCUCAGUAUGAUUGUAGACGGUGUGCUUUAUACUUCAUGGCUAAGAGAAACUUACCUCAUCCAUCUUUCUCUCCACGAAUUAUCUUCUUCAAAUUCCAUCUCUCAAUCACUUUCAUCUUCCGGAAAUGGGAAAUUCUAUCUUAAACAUCCUGAUGAUCAAGGAACUCACAUCAUGAUUGAUGAAAACUACAACAUCACCGGAAUAAUAGAUUGGGAAUGGGCAUUCACCACCCCCGCAACAAUCGCCUUCACAUCACCAAUGAUGCUCUGGAACUAUAUGGAAAAGGGAAAAAUGAUACAGAGAUUUAAUUUUAUUAUGGGGAAUGAGAUCUCGGAUUGGGAUAUCUCUUCCUACAUUGAAAAUUUUAGUACGCUGCUUCGAAUUCAAUCUUGGGAUUUUGAUUCUAAUGGUUGGGUUUCUUGGGAUGAGUGGAAAUUAAUUGCGCUUGAGAAGUUUAAAGAUGAUGAGGGUUUGCAAAAGUUGAUCUUGAAGGAAUGUUAA